UGUUUCAACAGACUUUUUAGUUUUUGUUCAUAAAACAUACUAAGAGGUUAUAAAUUUAUCCCUCUCCAACUCUUCCAAGAUUCACAUCCCCAUUCCAUAUCCACUCAUCAUUUUAAAUUUUUAUUUAAUUAAAAUAUAAUUACAUCAUUUACCCCAUCCAACCCUCUCAGAUUCAUAACCUCUUUCACAUUAUUAUCAUUAUGUGUGUUUAAAUAAAUAUAUAAAGGCAACUUGCAGAAGUCUGUUGAAUGUUGCUUAUGUGUAUAUAUUUUUAGGACUGAACACUUGGUAUUAGAUGUCUGUUUAGGAAGCUUGCUUUACAGUAAUGGAUAGUUUGUUUUGGUUUUGUUUUGUUUUUUGUUUUUUAAUCUUUGAAAUUGAAGUUAAUUUCCUGAAUCCUUACUCGUUUCGUUUUCAGAGAUCUAUCACUGUUAAUUAAAUACAAUUUGAUCGGUUUUGUAGUAUUCAUUUAAUAUAGAAUGUACACACCUUUGCUUAAAAGAAAAACUGUUAAAUAAUUUCCUUAGACAUUUUAUAGCCUACCCACAUAAUAAAAGAAAUCUCAAGAAAGACACUAGAAGAGAUGUCAGAAGAUUCAGAAGAGGAAGACUAUUCAGAUAGAAGUAUCAGUGAUGACGAUGAGUUGGAUGAGGAUUCAUUCAUGAAAUUUGUAAGUGAUGAUAUUCAUCAGUGUACACUACUAACAGCUGAUUCUAUUGGUGACCCAUUCUUUCCUCGGACUACACAGAUUUUAUUGGAGUAUCAGCUAGGAAGAUGGGUACCACGCCUUCGAGAACCACGAGAUUUAUAUGGCGUCUCUUCUUCUGGUCCGCUGAGCCCAACACGGUGGCCAUACCACUGUGAGGUCAUUGAUGAAAAAGUCCAGCAUAUUGAGUGGACUCCUUUUGUUCCUGAGCCAGUCUAUGUCCCAACAGGCCUGGAAAUAGAACCUGUUUACCCAAACUCCAAGGAAGACACCGUGGUUUACCUAGCUGAAGAUGCUUACAAAGAGCCCUGUUUUGUGUAUUCCCGAGUUGGGGGUAACCGAACACCCUUGAAACAACCUGUGAAUAGCUGUGACAACACGUUGGUGUUUGAAGCAAGGUUUGAGAGUGGUAAUCUACAGAAGGUAGUCAAAGUUGCAGAUUAUGAAUACGAGUUGACUGUGCGCCCAGACCUCUUCACAAAUAAGCACACUCAGUGGUACUAUUUCCAGGUCACUAAUACCCGAGCAGAAAUAGUCUACAGAUUCACUAUUGUCAACUUUACCAAGCCUGCUAGUCUUUACAAUCGGGGUAUGAGGCCACUGUUCUAUUCUGAAAAAGAAGCCAAAACCCAUAAAAUUGGCUGGCAGAGAAUAGGAGACCAGAUCAAGUACUAUAAAAAUAACCUUGGGCAAGAUGGGCGUCAUUUUUUUUCCCUUACAUGGACAUUUCAGUUUCCACACAGCAAGGACACUUGCUACUUUGCUCACUGCUAUCCAUACACUUACUCCAACCUUCAAGAAUACCUUUCUGGCAUCAACAGUGACCCAGUGAGAUCAAAGUUCUGUAAAAUACGUGUCUUGUGUCACACACUUGCUAGGAAUAUGGUGUAUGUCUUGACAAUAACUACUCCCUUGAAGACUAGUGACGCAAAGCGCAAGGCUGUGAUUUUGACUGCAAGGGUCCAUCCAGGGGAGACCAACAGCUCUUGGAUCAUGAAAGGCUUCCUAGAUUAUAUUUUAGGAGACUCGAGUGAUGCACGCUUGCUUCGGGACACUUUCAUCUUCAAGGUGGUACCCAUGCUGAAUCCAGAUGGUGUGAUUGUGGGAAACUAUCGCUGUUCCUUAGCUGGACGGGAUUUAAACCGUAAUUACACAUCUCUCCUGAAGGAGUCUUACCCUUCUGUCUGGUAUACGAGGAACAUGAUCAAUAGGUUAAUGGAGAAACGAGAGGUUAUUUUAUAUUGUGAUCUUCAUGGCCAUAGUAGGAAACAGAACAUCUUCAUGUAUGGUUGUGAUGGUAGCAGCAGAUCUAAAACGAAAGGAUUGUACUUACAGCAACGAAUCUUUCCACUCAUGCUGAGCAAAAAUUGCCCAAAUAUAUUUUCCUUCUCAGCUUGCAAGUUUAACGUUCAGAAGAGCAAAGAGGGGACAGGAAGGGUUGUGAUGUGGAAGAUGGGCAUCAGGAACAGCUUCACGCUGGAGGCCACCUUCUGCGGAUCUACUCUGGGCAAUAAGCGAGGCACACAUUUCAGCACGAAAGACUUAGAGUUGAUGGGAUAUCAUUUUUGUGAUUCUCUAUUGGACUACUGUGAUCCUGACCGGAGCAAAUAUUAUCAGUGCCUAAAGGAAUUAGAAGAAAUGGAAAAACAUAUGAACUUCGAAAAAGUCUUUGAUGAUUCAGACACUUCUCUAGUAGAAAUUUCUUUGGAUGUAGAGUCUAGUAGUCGAGGCUCUGACAGCUCAGAGUCCAAUGACACUCAGACUUAUCUUCUCAAGGUGACCUCUCAGGCAAAAAACAAGAAAAAGUACCUGAAAACAAAGAGGGAAAGAAAUGCCAUCCUAGCAAACCGCCAGAAUGACAUGGGAGAGGUUUAUGGUAAAGAACAUUUACUCCAAAGACACGAAGAAUCAAAUUCUGAUGGGAAAGACCCAAGUGUGAUUGCACCAGAUGUUUAUAUGGCUCACUGCUUCAGAAGAUCAUCGCCCAGCCAAAGCUUGGUGAAAAUUCCUGGACAAAGGUUUCAUCCCCGAAAAUCACGGUCCAGCUCCCGACAUAUGAUUAAAAGUCUUAACAAAGACCAUCAGACAUAUAUUUUAGAAACAUGUAAGACUCCAAUCCAGGAAGUUCAGUCCAGACCAAUGGAUAUAUGUGAAAGUUGUUUCAGAGUGGCAUCCUUGAAAUGUCCUGUGAACAAAAGACCUUCAAAUUGGAUUGAGAAGACAAGGACACCAACAGAGUCAAAUCACCAAUUGAAAAGCAAAGCAAAAAGAUAUACAUCUUUCCAAAGCAAGAGGACUAGUACAAAUUGGACAGAUGAUGAAAAACGAAUUUACAGGGAUAAAAGAAUAGCUCGAACUCAGGAAAUACUACAGUACUUACUCCCUAUCGUGGAAUCCUCUAAAAGCAUGAAAUCUACUCAAAUGAACAAUCUAGUCAAUCCAAGAGCCAACUUCCAACAGCAUGAACUUAUUCCAACUGCUUGCAUAAAUAAAAGAAGAUACAGCACACCUUGGGCACCAACCAGGAAUCUCCCUUUUAAAGCCCAAAGGAAUCUUAUGACAGAUAACUCUGAAUGGCUCCAGUCUGUGCCCCAGGGGUCAUUUGAAAGUCUAUCACCUCUCUGCAAUCUUCAGAAGAAGACAAAGCAUUUUGAACUCUGGGUCAACAAGGCUAAGGAGGGGCAGCUUGCCACCAGCAAAUGGGAGACUGUUCCCUCAAGUUCUAAAGUGGAUACAAAUGUCAUCAGAGGUAGCAGUCUUCUUCCGCCUAAAGAAUCCACCACGAGGAGCUCUGAGCAGAGAAUUCCUUAUCUAACCAGAUGCAUCAAGAAACCCGGUGAGAGUAAUGGCCUGCUCACCUUCCACCUGAAAUUCCAGAGGAACAGUUAA